CCCCUCUCUUCUCAUAGCCCCAAUUCUUUCCUUCUUCUCACCCCCUCCCCUCCCCCGGAAAUUCUAUAAAUAGGUUAGGGUUUCCAGAGAUCUCUAAGGUUUCUUGGAUCUCCGCGACGAUGUCGAGCUUCAGCGGCGACGAGACCGCCCCCUUCUUCGGAUUCCUCGGCGCGGCGGCAGCCCUCGUCUUCUCAUGUAUGGGGGCGGCGUACGGGACGGCGAAGAGCGGGGUGGGGGUGGCGUCGAUGGGAGUGAUGCGGCCGGAGCUGGUGAUGAAGUCGAUCGUGCCCGUGGUCAUGGCCGGAGUGCUCGGGAUCUACGGGUUGAUCAUCGCGGUGAUCAUUAGCACAGGGAUAAACCCUAAGGCCAAGUCGUAUUACCUCUUCGAUGGCUACGCUCAUCUUUCCUCCGGGUUGGCUUGUGGGCUUGCGGGGCUAUCCGCGGGCAUGGCUAUUGGGAUCGUUGGCGAUGCUGGAGUCCGGGCCAAUGCACAGCAGCCAAAACUUUUUGUGGGCAUGAUUCUCAUUCUCAUUUUCGCUGAAGCACUGGCCCUCUACGGUCUCAUUGUUGGCAUCAUCCUUUCCUCUCGUGCUGGCCAAUCUCGGGCGGACUGAGACACGAGCAGCUGGCUAUAAAUGAUUCUAUGGGCCUUUGUAAUAAUUAUAUUGAACAUGCACUUUGAGAAUUUUGUUAAUUUUGUGAUUCCAUUGGGAUUGGUAUUUCCAGAUGUCGCAAAAGAUCUUUCCACUUUGUGAUCUGACAUCUAUAAAUUUAUCGAUAGUUAUGCAAGCAAACGCCUGCUUGAGUCUCAGUUGUU